AUGGAGAAGGAACUGUGUGUAUUCAGCCAAACAAUAGAAGAUAACAGAGACAGGUUGGAAUUAGACAGAAACAGAGAACGAGUGGAAGCAAUGAACAGUGAAUCAAUCAUUGCUGAGCAUCGUUACAACGGGGAUAUUGAAAAAGGCACUUUUAAAACUGUAGAACAACUACACAUGGGUGAAAUGAACGUAAAAUGUAAACAUUGCAAUGCAGAAAGGUUCAAAUAUGAAACAGGAAUGGUGGCAAAUAAUUGCUGUCAUGGAGGAAAAAUAACAUUACCACCAUUAACGGAAUAUCCUGAUGUACUUCAACGUCUGCGAGAAGGGAAUGACGAAGCAUCAAGACACUUCAGACAACAUAUACGAUCAUAUAAUGACGCGUUUGCGUUUGCAUCAUUUAAUUGUACUGUGGCAGAUAUGGGGAAUUCAGGACCAUAUGUGAUGAAAAUAAUCGGGGAUGUGAGUUACAAAAUAUCUACAAGUUUAGAGACCGCAAACAAUAACCGACCGAGAUAUGGACAAAUUUACAUCUACGACGUACAAACUCAGCUAGCGCUGAGAGAAAAUGAUGCAAGAAGAGCAAAUCUGUUAGAAAUUAUUGGUAGACUGAUAAUAGAUAUCAAUCCUUAUGCAGCAAAUUUUAAAACAACGUACGAGCGAUUUGUUAAGGGAGAAAGCCUGGUGAGAUUAAACUUUAUAGCACUCAAGGAAGACGAUAGACGGCGGUACAAUGCGCCAACUUGUGGUGAGCUAGCAGCUCUGAUCGUUUCAGAUGACGGGGCAGUAUCUGAAAAUAUAGAAGUACAAGUAUUUCCAAAACAAGACCGUGCAAUUGGAUAUGUGCCGAGAUAUUCGCAUCACGUUGAUCCAAUGACUUUUCCAUUACUAUUUCCGAGCGGUGAUUCAUGA